ACAAAAAUGGAGGCGCAGAAAACUCAAGCUGAAAGCCCGCCAAAACCGGCCAUGACUUCAUGUAGAAAGAAGGCAAAGGAUGAUGCCAAUUUCCUAGAAGACGUGAAGGAUCACAUUGAUGAAUUCAUCAAUGCCUCCAUGGAUGAUCACAAGAAUUGUUUCAACAAGACCAUCAAGAAGAUGUUUGGAUUAUCAAAGGCUGUUGCAGAGAAGCAGCAAGCUGAGUCUAAAGGCGUCGAGAGUUAUUUGCCUCUUCAGACAACAGUCUCGGAUUAG